AUGGAUUCUCAGUUGGUACGAGAUGCAGUAGAUUUGCUUGCAACGUUAGAUCAAGAACAACGGAAUGAUCUUUCAGUACAUUUGUACUCUGCUCAUCUCUUAAAACAUCUGCUCUACCGAGCUAACAAAGAUGAGAAAAAGAUAUUGAGAACGGAAACGUUUGUUAAAACGGUUUUAAAGGAGGACUGGACGGCAUGGCCUAGUGAAAAUGUCAUUAUAGAUCCCAAUACGACUUCAUUGUAUGAAGAUCAAAGUGUAACAGAAACACAGAAAACAAGAUCAGAAUCAGGCCUGGAGCCGGGACAAUUGGAUCAAGAGUCUUUGAAUCAUGCUACAGAAAUGCUCUAUGGGGAGCUAAAUGCAUUCUGGCAACAGAAGCUGAAGGAAAGCUUUAAUAAUGGCAAGGAAAGGGAUGAGAAGGAACAACAAGAUGCAGAAGAAGAGGGAGAGGGCACCGAAGAAGAGACAGAGGGAAACAAGGAGAAAUUCAAUGGCUAUGCUGGCACAGUAUUGGAUAUCAAUCAAAUGGAUCUACCAGAUGACAUUUUCCAGAAUACACUCUUCAAGUUAGAUCAAUUCAUCGGGACUUUGCACUUGGAUGCCGCGGAGAAGAAUACAAUCUCAUUGUCUACAGUUCCUAAUGAGCCACAAAUUAAACUCACCAAGGAAGAAUUAGGGAGCGUUCAAACACAAUCUUUGAAAGGAAAAGCGAAAUAUGACUACAAAGAUAUAAUAGUGCACGCUUGUGCCUCAGGAGAAGAUAUGUCCCAAGAAUACCUUAAGGCAGUAGAAUUAUUCCAAGAUUUACCGAAAACUCUUGACAAAUCUCAAUUCGUACUACCAGAUUCAUUCUUGAAUAAAUUUACUCAUAUCAAUCUGGGUACCUUUGACGACUCACAGGGGUCAUCCGAUGAUAGUAACUUGAAUAAUACUGGAGUGAAGCAUAAGAAGAAGAAAAAGACCAAGAAUUCAAAACAAAUACAAGAAGAAGAGGAAAUAACAGACGAGCCUGAAAAAGAAUCAGAAGCCGAAUCCUUUGUAGAACUCAAAAGAAUAUUUGGCGAUCGCAGGAAUGAUCCAAAUGCUAGAAGGGAGGCUAGACUACUUCUCAGAAAGGACGAAUUUGCAAGAGACAAGAAGAUGUUCUUUACAGUUUUGGAACACCAAAAGAAGGGUUAUUCCAGUACUCUAAAAAGGAAACCAAAAAAGAAACUAAAUACUUACGGAGAUGCAUUAGAUAUAGACACUGACUAUGGAUUUGCUGAUUUGGACUGA